ACACGCAACCUGUGUAUGUCGCAAGCAAAGAGUACAGAGACAAUACCCCUUUCUCUCUCUUAUUCUUGAUUACCUGCAACACUCUUCCCAUUAUUCAAAGUCGCGUCUUUCACCUUCUUCUUUACCUGACAAAGACUAGCAUCUUUGCGCGUGUCCCAUCCUCUUCUCCAACCUUUUUGACAAAGGUCAAAAUCUUGUUGCCAACUCCCAUGGAGGUUAAGCUAUGGAAUGAUAAGCGGGAAAGAGAAAUGUAUGAAAACUUUGCAGAGCUCUUUGCUAUAAUAAAGGCAACGGAAAAGCUCGAGAAGGCGUAUGUUCGUGACAUCAUUUCACCAGCUGAAUAUGAAGCUGAAUGCCAGAAGUUGAUUGCUCAUUUCAAAACCUUAUCUUCCACAUUGAAAGAUACCGUACCUAGCAUUGAGCAAUUUCAUGACACCUACAAAAUGGAUUGCCCUUCUGCCUUAAACCGGCUUGUGACCUCUGGGGUGCCUGCCACUGUGGAGCACCGUGCCGCCGCUGCUACAUCAUCUGCAUCCUCAGCUUCUGUUGUGGCUGAGUGUGUGCAGAACUUCAUCACUGCCAUGGACUCUUUGAAGCUGAAUAUGAUUGCUGUAGACCAGGUCCAUCCCCUUUUGUCAGACCUAUCAUCUUCCCUUAAUAAACUUUUAAUACUUCCAUCUGAUUUUGAGGGGAAGACAAAGAUGAGAGAGUGGCUCUCAAGGCUGUCAAAAAUGGGAGCUGCAGAUGAGUUGACAGAACAGCAGGCCCGUCAACUCCACUUCGAUCUUGAAUCAUCAUACAAUUCUUUCAUGGCGGCACUGCCCUCUGCUGGAACUUAAUUGCAUAUUUCAGGUGAUAUGUCUGUACAUAUGUGACUGAAUUCUUGUUUUUUUCUACCAAGUGUAUACUACAUAUGAUGCUUUAUUUGGUCAAAGUGCUGAUUGACGAGGAUUCAGAAAAGAGUCGUGUAAUUUGUGGGACUUGUGUCUGGUGGUUCCAUUUUAUUCAACAUGAACUCAGCCCCAGACAAGAUGCUUAUUUGGUUUGCGUGUCUUUUCUUUUGUUACAUUAAUCAUAUUACAAGGAAAUUUUGAGCUGUUAGAUAUGAUUUUGUAAAUUUAAGUGGAAAUUUUGAUGUAAAACUAAGUUCCAUGGUA